AUGACAACAAUACCAACAAUCGAUUUCGCGUUAUUUGACCACGAUCCGACCACCUGCUCAAAACAGAUUAAAGAAGCGAGCGAAGUAAUCGGGUUCUUUUACCUGAAGAAUCACGGGAUUAGGCAAGAAUUAAUCGAUGAGGUGUUCGAGAAUGCUUGUCACACUUUAUGCAUGAAAGUCCUGCAAUUAUUUGCUAUAGCUCUAGAGAUCCCGGAUUCCGAGGGUGGUAAAUCAUGGUUCGAGAAUAGGCACAGAUAUGAAACGCCAUCAGGCGAUAUUCUCAGAAUUCUUCAUUAUCCCGCUAUGAAAAAUGAUGAAAUUGGCAAGGAUGAAAUUAGGGCGGGGAGUCACUCGGACUAUGGCUCCUUAACAAUUCUAUUUCAGAAGGAUGUUGGAGGACUGGAACUUCUGUCCAACACAACAGACCCUCCUCUCUGGACCCCGGCACCUAUUAUUCCAAACCAUGUGUUAAUAAAUAUAGGUGACUUGCUUGAAUUCUGGAGUAAAGGGUUAUUCAAAUCAACGAUACACCGCGUAGUAUUUCGAACCAAUGAAACCUCGGCUGACGAAACCUCCUUUAACGACGAAAGACAAAAGGCUAGUGAUUUGGAUUACCAGGAUAGAUAUAGCAUCGCAUAUUUUUGUCACGCGGAGGAUGAUGUCAAAAUAGAUCCGAUUCCAAGUAAAAUUAUUAACGAACGGGAUGAGAAUGUUUCUAGAAUAUUAGAUAAAAUUGGGCACAAGGAAAAUGCAAAAUUGGAUGUUCAUAAAGUGAUAACCGCCGGCGAAUAUUUGAAGUGCCGAUUAGAUGCUAGUUAUAAAUACUGA